AUGAAACCUUUACCCACUGAAUUCGACUGUCCGUUUUGCGAGCAUCCGAAGACUUGCGAAGUAUUAAUGAACGUGAAAGCUAAAGUUGGGUAUAUUGAAUGUCGAGUGUGUGGAGAAAAUUUCCAAACAUCGGUUCACAACUUGUCCCUCCCGGUCGAUGUUUACGCUGAUUGGAUAGACGCAUGCGACGAGGCGAAUCGCAUGUUUUGGGCUCGUAAAUAG